UCUCGCCUCGCAGCCCAUCAAAACUCCAUAUUUACCUUCGUUUUUCACCACAAAAUCUCGUGCGUUUUCGAUCGGUUCUUGCUGCUCAGGUGCGAGUGGUGUUGGAAGAGAUGGGUAGAACAUGGGCACUCAUCAGCCACCUGCACGCCAUUGCCGGGCCGACCCUGACACUCAUAUAUCCUCUGUAUGCGUCGAUCUGCGCGAUGGAGAGCACGUCCAAGGUGGACGACGAGCAAUGGCUGGCAUACUGGAUACUGUACUCCUUCAUCACCCUCAUAGAAAUGGCGCUCCAUAAAGUCUUGUACUGGAUACCGUUGUGGUACGAGGCGAAGGUUCUGUUCGUGGCGUGGCUGGUGCUGCCGCAGUUCAGGGGCGCGUCGUUCAUCUACGACAAGUUCGUCAGGGAGCAGCUCAGGAAGCACCGGGCGAGGCCGCGGGAGCACCACGGCGACGAGCACCGGUCGCACGUCGUAGGCUGACAAUGGCGUGCGCUGAGGAACGAAUCGAAUGCACUAUGUUUUUUUUUUCCUUAAUCUGACGAGGAACAGAACCAAACUUGUGCUCGCGAAAGGCUUGGUUGAUUCGUUGCUUGCGGCGUAAGAGGAGACGCAGAUCAAACAUUGGGAUGGGAUAUCAGUCUUUGUACAUGCCAAUUGCCUAAUUCCUGAUCAGUGACAGGCCUAGCCCCGUUCUUUGUAAUCAAUAAAUCCGAAUAUAAACCAUAACUUUCCUACGAUGAACGAUCACUAUGAAUGUGAAUACGUGACAAAAAGAAGCCUUCCUGGU